AUGAUAUUUAAUGAACUUAUCGAUAUUGUUACCGAUUUUAUUGUAUUGUUAGUGAAAAUAAUUGGCGCAUACAUUGAAUUUGCCAUCAGUUUAGUGAUAAAUAAGCCGAAAAAAAGUAUACGAAAUCAAGUGGUUGUCAUCACUGGUUCGGGUCAUGGAUUGGGUCGCGAAAUGGCUAUGAUUUGUGCCAAAUUGGGCGCCAAAUUAGCGCUGAUUGACAUAAAUAAGGAUAAUAAUGAUCACGUUGUGGACGAAAUACGGGAAACGGGUGGUCAGGCACUGGGCUAUUGUUGUGACAUAACUAGCGAGGAGUCGAUCGCCGAAACGGCUAAACAAAUACAAUGGGAUUUAGGAGACGUCGAUAUACUUAUAAACAAUGCAGGAAUAGUUCAAUGUUUGCCAUUUGAGUCGCUUAUCAGCAAAAAUAUAAAACGAACCUUUGAAGUGAACACAUUGUCCCACUUCUGGACAGUUGGUCACUAUCUGCCAAAAAUGAUGGCCCGCGGAUCGGGUCAUAUAGUGGCCAUUGCGUCCAUUGCCGGACUCAUUGGUACAUCACAUCUGGUCGACUAUUGUGCCUCAAAGUUUGCAAUCGUCGGCCUAAUGGAGUCACUGGAGAUGGAGUUACGCCAGAACCGGGCCUACGAUAACAUCAAACUGACAACCGUUUGUCCACUGGCUAUGACUACCGGAAUGUUUAAAAAACCAAAAUCCAGAUUCAAUUGGAUAUUCCCGGUAACCGAUGCACACAAUGCGGCCAAAGAUAUAAUCGGAGCAAUAGUGAGAAAUGAGACGAUGAUAACUGUCCCCAAUCGGGCACUGGCUUUCUAUUCAUUGGGAAAGAUAGUGCCGGUAAAGGCCAGACACGCGCUCCAGGAGUUUCUCGGCUAUGGUGUUGAUCCACACAAUUGA